UUUUCUCCACAGACGCACUGAGACAACCAUGCCUUCAUGCGCUCACAACAUCACAAUACUUGGGAGGGAGGAGUGAAGCUGUUUACAUCGUGGACCAGACUCUCACACUGAGAACCAUCCAGCUGCUCCACCGGGACACCAGCUGUUUCCCUUUACAACACAGUAUCUGUCCGUCAUGAUUUUGACGCACAGGUGAACUUAUUUCGCCUCGACCACAACUCCGAAAGGUGAAAAAGGUAUUUCAAAAACUCUCCUCAUCUGAACCGCUCGGAGAACGAACAGGUUUGUUUGGAGCCAUGUCCAGGAAGAAGGCAGUGAAGGGCAAAGGGAGCUCCAAGAGCCCCAAAGCGUCACCGGGCAGCGGGAGGACGGGCAGAGGUCUGGCCGCCGCCGCAGCUCCGUCCUCCGGACUGGUUUAUCCCAGCAGACCGUCCAUCAGCAACAGCGGGGAGUUUUAUGACAUCGCCUUCAAGGUGAUGUUGGUGGGGGAUUCAGGUGUCGGGAAGACCUGUCUGCUGGUUCGCUUCAAAGAUGGAGCCUUUCUAGCCGGGAGCUUCAUCUCCACUGUGGGCAUCGACUUCAGGAAUAAAGUAAUGAGCAUUGAUGCUGUGAAGGUCAAACUGCAGAUUUGGGACACUGCUGGACAGGAGCGUUUCCGGAGUGUCACACAUGCUUACUACCGCGAUGCUAACGCUCUCCUCCUUCUCUAUGAUGUCACCAACAAAGCAUCCUUCGACAACAUCCGGGCAUGGCUGACAGAGAUCCAUGAGUAUGCUCAGCAGGACGUGGUCGUCAUGCUGCUGGGCAACAAGGUUGACUCCACGCAUGACAGGAUGGUGAAGCGAGAGGACGGAGAGAAACUGGCAAAGGAGUUUGGAGUGCCCUUCAUGGAGACGAGUGCUAAAUCUGGACUGAAUGUGGAGCUGGCCUUCACUGCAGUGGCCAAAGAACUGAAGCACAGGACCAUGAAGGAGCCCGAUGAGCCAAAGUUUCAGCUGCAGCAGUACGUGGACAAAGAAAUGAGGACUGCCGGAUGCUGCCACUCGUAGACCAUAUUCUUAUGCCUAUUUGCGUGUGUGUGUGUGAGAGAGAGAGAAAAGAUACAUUCUAUUAGAGUAGUAAUUAAUCUGGUGUGUCCGGGAAUUAUCAUGCAAUUCUCAGUGUUUGUAACAUUUCUAUCAGUGGUGAUACAGCCAGUAUGCUCUCUCUCCCAACCCACCUAUCCUCUGCAACUGUGAAUGUAAUAUAACUCCUAUACAUGCUUGCACAUACACAUGCAUGUACACACACAGACACACACAUAAGGCUAUGUUUUUGAGUCAAUCCAUUUUUCCAUGAGUGUGAUGUACAUAUUUUAAAUGUAAUUUUAAUUUUGUGCCCUGAAGCUUUGUAGUUUGUAAAUGCCUGUCUUGUUGAAACAGAAGAAUAGAGACACAAAUAUGUUGAAUAUGAAAUCAAUCUUAAAGUAAAUAGAAAUGAAUAGAUCUCUUGAACAUAUUUGUACAGAUACACUAUUGCACCUAAUGUAAGCUGCCAAAUGGCACUGUGUGCUGUUUAUGUACAGGAUAUCACAUGAUAACUGUUUUUAAUACUUGUGAUCAUAACUAUCAUUAUACUCACCUGUAGAAUUAAUUUUUAGCUCUUUACCUUUUAUAUGCAGAUUGUUCUACCCGAAUUUUAAACUUUUAUGUGGAGCAUUUUAACAUUAAGAACCUCCCUCAGUAAUUUUAGACGAUAUAUAUAAUAUACAAAAAACAAUAUUAUCAGCAAAGAGACAGACUUCACUCUGAGGUUUACAGAUUCACUCGUUUCAAUUUGCCCUUUUUGAAAGUUAUCAGCCCAUUAAAUUGCCAUUACAAAAUCACAUCACAAAAUGUAAAAGAGUGAAUCUCGUAGAAGUCUUAAGAAUUUGUGGAACCAAGGGGAAGGUUGACUGAACCUAUUUCUCACUUUGUUUUACCUCCUGGGGUUUUGUAUUAGCUUACCUGUUGUUGCGUAGAUAUGUACCAGUUGUUAUUGGCUCUUUGCUGAACUAUGGCAUUCCAGAGGCAUUUCUAUCAUGUUUUUUUUUUAUCAAAUAUGGUUUCAUUCUGCCUUCUGCUGUGUAACAGAUGGAUUUUGCUGACAUUUUUCCUGAAAUUUUAGUUUUUCAUGAAAUACUAUUAAUACAAUUAAAUUAGCUUUCAGUAAAUGGUUACACUGAAUCUUUAUAUCCAGAUUUUCAGUAGUCAUUGAUUUAGUGUUAACCUGUAAUCUGUAUGCUGUAUCUUCACUGAAAUGAUUUGUAUUGUAUUAAUCUCCAGUGUUCACAAAUAAAGAAUCAAUCAACA